UAAGUUUAACUUGAUUUAUCUCAUUAUUCUCACAUCCUUUCCAUUCAGAUCGCGGGUGCUGGAUACAAUUUGCCUCAUCAUUUUCGACUUCACUUAUCGAUCGGGACCGGUGUUUGCAUCCGCACUGUCACCACUCCUUCUUGGGUCUCCCCUCUAUUCUCUAUCCUUUGGUACUUCCUGCAUGUACUCGGUUUAGGUACCCCCCAUCCCCCCACUAGCAGGAACGAGGGGAUCCGAUAAGGCCAAUAUUUUCGCCCCUCCAAUUCCAUAGGUAGGGACCAAUUGUGGGCCCCACUACUUUAUACAUUGGAGUCGCACUGAAAAAUCCGAGACAUAAGCCACCGCUCAAGAGUCAUACCUUCCCACAUCCAACGUUCAACUUCUGGACCAUUGGAUUUCAUUUCGGCAUCAACCAACCUUAAAUAUCCUCCGACCGGCGGACUCUUAUUUCCUUCAUUUCUUCACCUCAUCAAGACCAGUUAAAACAUCCUUUAUUAACAUAACUGCAACCAGCACGAACAACGUCCCUCGAUCCCCGACCGUAAACAACGAAAAUCCGUCGUUUUUAAUUCCGAAGCUCUCGUAGUUGAACCCGACGGCAAGAUAGUCACCAUGGCUUCCGAAGAUACAAAGGACACUGCCCUAUCCCAUACACCUCGUACGCCGCCGCUCUCAGCCGCUCUUGAGGCUUUUACUGAUGCGCGAGAAGCUGCCGUCGAAGACGCUGCUGCUCCUACCGAAGAAGGCGGUCUGGAUCUUCUCAAGAAGAAAAAGAAGAAGCCCAAGAAGGCCGAGGAUGCCGAGGGAGAAGAGGCAAGUGGUGCUGCCGACGGAGCUGCCGAUGCAGGCGGCCUAGACUUAACUUUGAAGAAGAAGAAAAAGAAGAAGACAGCCAAGGCCGAUGAAGGCGACGAAUUCGCUGCCAAGCUCGCGGCGCUCGACCUCGAUAAAGAGGGCGGUGCGGAGGGUGCUGCCGACACGAAAGGCGAGGAGCAAAGCGGAGAUAUGGAGAAAGGCACCGGUAUCUGGAGUCACGAUGAGACUAAGCCGAUUAGUUACGAUUUGCUCCUCAGCCGCUUCUUCAGCCUGUUGGCUCAGAAGCACCCGGAUCACGCCUCUAGCGGCACGCGAAGUUACAAGAUCCCGCCUCCUCAGUGCCUACGUGAAGGUAACAAGAAGACUAUCUUCGCCAACAUCCAGGAAAUUACCAAGAGAAUGAAGCGAAGCGAAGAACACGUCACUGCAUACCUCUUUGCCGAAUUGGGUACAAACGGUUCCGUCGACGGUAGCAGACGAUUGGUCAUCAAGGGUCGAUUCCAACAGAAACAAAUUGAAAACGUCCUGCGAAAAUACAUCAUCGAGUAUGUUACCUGCAAGACGUGUCGAUCUCCCGACACAGAACUCAACAAGGGAGAGAACCGUCUCUACUUCAUCACGUGCAACUCGUGUGGAUCCCGUCGGUCCGUCACCGCUAUCAAGACCGGUUUCUCGGCCCAGGUCGGCAAGAGAAAGAAGAUGCAGGGUUAAGAUGUCCCUCGCUCUAUCAGAAUGAUCUUUAUUGCUCUAUCAAGAGCAUGUUUUCGCAUGGGCUCUGCUUUGUUUAACCGUGCUAUACCGUAUUGUAUGGUACCCUUAUUAACUUAGUUUAGGGGCUAGGUAGGGAAAAAGCAAUAAGCAUUCACGUAUAUACAAUUAAUACUGUUUUGUUUCG